GGCAGUGGUUUUCGUCGUCGACCCGGCGGCCCUCGUUUCUAUCGUUUUCAUCGCGUCGUCUUCGUUGUCGUUCCCGUUGUCAUCCUCAUCUUUGUCGCGAUCGGUUUUUCCUUUAAUCAUUUUUAAAGAGACUCGGUUUAUUUUGUUCGGUUUGGACGGUCGGUGCGCUACGUCGAGUACGAGUCAUAGAGAUAUCUGGCAAGGGGCGAGGUAGGAGAUCCGUAUGCGAGCACACAGAGGAGUGACAGGUUACGAAGAGUCGGUCAAGAGUCAUAGAGAAAGACAGAAGGAAGAAAAAAGAAAGGGCGGAAAGAAAGAAAGGAAAAAAGGGGGGGAAGAAGACUGGUAAAAUGAAGCAUCGUGGACGAUGGUAGGGCGGCGGUGACCAACAGCGAGGUGGAUAGGUGGCAGGUAGCGUAAACGGAAAACGGCCGGCAGUUAGAGUGUACAAAAAGAAACGAGGUACCGUCAGUCAAGUGCGACCGCGUGCACAGGAAACUCUUGUCGAGAUAUAAUUCUGUUAUCCCUCCUCUUUUUCCCUCGCUCUUUAUUUCUUUAUCUUCCUCCUUCUGCUUCUAUUUCCCUCUCUCUCUUUCACUCUUUGUCUGUCUGUCUGUCUGUCUGUCUGUCUCUCUCUCUCUCUCUCUCUCUCUCUGUUCUUCUCUUCCUCUUCACCUUUUUCCUUCCGUGAUACGCGCUCGCGGCGGAGAGGAGGAUAAAAAUCACGUCGAUGAAGGAAUCUGAUGACGAGCAGUCAUCACCUUUAUUCGUGUUUGCUUGCUUCUAACAGCGAGAAGCAAGUUGAGCUUGCAUUCCAUUUUGCAAUACGAUUCACGAAACUGAUAUAAAGACGGAAGAAGUACCACCAAUCAACUUACACAUUCCACGAGGAUAUAAGAACGAGUUCCGCAUUUUUCUCUGCGAUUACAAACCACCAACGUGCUUAUUUUAUGUACCAUCGGCUAGGUGACAAGAAGAAAAACGGAUAGUGUAAGAAGUUGAAGAAACAGCAAAGCCGGUAAUCACGGUACUACAAGACGUUAGUAACAAGGAGAGAAAGAUAACCGAAGGAGAAACAAACGGAAAGCAACGACAAAAAACAGACUUGAGCCAAGAUGACAGCUAUAGUGACGGAUCUGGUGCACGGGUACAGGGAUCUAAUGGAUAACAAGUCCGAUCCCCGGGUGAACAAUUGGGUGAUGAUGAGCAGUCCUUUUCCAACGAUGGCGAUAUGCCUAUCUUACGCUUAUUUCAGCAAGGUUUUGGGACCGAGGCUAAUGGAAAAUAAAAAGCCUUUCAAACUUCGGGGAAUCCUGAUAGCGUACAACUUGGUUCAAACACUAUUCUCCACAUGGAUCUUCUACGAGUACUUGAUGAGUGGUUGGGCGAAAGGAUACAGUUUCCGAUGCCAACCGGUCGACUACUCCAACAGCCCCUUGGCUCUCCGAAUGGCGAAUACAUGUUGGUGGUAUUACAUUAGCAAAUUCACCGAGUUCUUCGAUACCCUCUUUUUCAUUCUGAGGAAGAAGAACCAACACGUGUCGACGCUUCAUGUAAUCCAUCAUGGAAUAAUGCCAUUCUCGGUUUGGAUGGGUUUAAAGUUCGCACCAGGUGGUCAUAGCACUUUCUUCGCUCUCUUGAACACUUUUGUUCACAUUGUAAUGUACUUUUAUUAUAUGGUGGCUGCAAUGGGGCCUGAAUAUCAAAAGUACAUUUGGUGGAAAAAGUACCUGACUACCUUCCAAAUGGUGCAGUUCGUGUUGAUCAUGAGUCACCAGUUCCAGCUUCUAUUCACAGAGUGCGAUUAUCCUCGCGGCUUCAUGAUUUGGAUCGGUUUACAUGGCGUGCUUUUCUUAGGUCUUUUUUCGGACUUUUACAAAGCGAAGUAUGUGGGCAAAACGAAGAAACCAACAGACAAGAGUUUACAGAAUGGUUCGACCGGUCUUUGUAUGCCUAUAUUAGAGGACUCGGUGCCACGACAAAACGGUGUCUCGUCGUACGCGACGAUCUACAACAAGGAAUACAACAGUUGUUACAGCAACGGUACCAACAAUGGUUACGUUGCCAACAAUAAUACAGAGAAAAAGCUCGCUUAGAACAUUCUGAUUUUGGUAAAAGCUCGUAAAGAACCAUCGAGAUACCAAAUCACACGAUGCAGUUAAUCACGCGUUGAAUCUCGCCGGCACUUUUGAGGAUUGUGCUGUGACUUCGUACACAACGUCUUAUUGAUCGAUCUAAUUCGAGUAGUGACUGCACGCGGUUCUACAGGAAGAUAAACUAUGCUAGUUGUAAUUCGCCGCGAAGUCUGUGUUCAUGUUCACGCGUAGAGUCGUCGACGAGAGACCAGUCGCGCAUACGUUCGAUUUUCUGCUAACGCUUUAAAUUAUUUCAUAUUAAACUGUAUUAAUGGGCUGGCGAUUACGUUUAUCGGGAUAGUCUAACAAGGUUAUAUAAGGGGGGUAUAUAAGAAUUAUUACUGAUAAUAUAUUAUUAAUAAGGAAAGGGCUCUUCUGCACUAUAUUAUUGUGUAUCAUAUGUAUGUAUAAUCGCAUCCGCAACCGGAUUGUGGGUGGUUCUGAAAAUCGUUGCCUCGUCGAUGGCUUUACGGAUAAAAGUAUAAAGGAACGUGAAGAAUGACCGAGGAAUGCGAAGAGACUAGAGUAAAUAAACGGACAAAAUUAAAACGCGCACACGAUGAGUAAAUUAAUAAUCGAUCCUCAUCGGAACAUUAUGUUUUCCGCACGUGAUUGGCGACAGUGUUUUAUCGCGUGCGUUAUGUAUGCGUAAACAAGUGUGAUCGUUUAUUAGUUAUACGUGAUUACGAGGCAUUUCUUAUUGGGACGCAUCGAAAUGAUCCCCUUUAUCAUAUUUCCUUAUUGUCCGACUCUGUCUCUCUAUUGCCCCGAUUGUGUUCAAAGCUUCGGUGUUCGUCGUAUAAGUAAGCGUCUGUCGAUUCGCAUUUAAAAGGAGAAAUCGUACCACUCCUUCCUCUCGAAGCUUGAUUCUCCUCCUUUUUUAUUGAGAGAUCGUCGAUUAGAUCAACUUAGCAAAAGACAGUAGUUCUCUUGAAUAUGCAACGCUCGAAUAGCUUUUUUAUUGCUUACGAUCAAGCAACGCAAUACUUAUUUUCAAUAGAAUAUUCAAUGAAAUCUACGAAUAUUUCAGUUGUUAUUGCAGAAUCAAGCUUCCGAAGAGUUCUAGAAAUUCUCGACGAAAUUUAUCUCUUGUUCACCGUUCGAACUGGUCAAAUUGGGAAAAAAGAAGGUUGAACGCCGAUCGUUCGAAUAUAUGUACAUGUUAUAAACGCAUGGAGGGAAAGAGAAAACGUUUACCUAGGAAUCAUACAAAUCUCUUAUUAAGGAUACAAACUUUUGUACUCUUCCUAUUGCGGAAAGAUGAAGGUUUUUAUUUAUGAUCGCACAGAAAUAAAAAAAUCUGACGAAAAAAAACAAUUCGAUCCUAUAAAUUUAAUGUUGUAUAUUUUUACAAAGAAAUAGAUCAAUUGCAUAAUAAAAGAGACGUUAAUGGUGUCAAAGACGUGCUUUCUUGUGAAAGUAUUCAUAUAUGAAAAUUUAUUAUUGCCAAGUUUCAAUAACGUAUUAGAAGAAUAUUUGAAGAAUGGUUUAUAAUAAAAAAAGUAAAAAAGAAAAAAAAAGAAACUAACGUCGACAAGACUGUUAAUGUAGUCGUAAAACAUACAUGUAAAUAUUAUUUCCGAAUUUCGAAAAAGAUACUUUCUUUCUUUGAUAAAAUUAACUUUCAACGAUAUACGAAUGUAUUUCUUCAGUUGACAGAUCAACAAAAAUCUGUUCCAAUCUUUAUCAUUCGUUCCAAUGUGUACAGGAAUUGAUCUUCGAGUUACGAUUUAGCUAAUAAUUUUAUAUCUUCAACGCUCAGAGUGUUAUUCCUUUAUCCGACCUCUUCCGUUCACAUAAAAUCACACUAAUAUAUUAUUCCCAACUACGACUGAAGUCAAAUCGUACAUUGUAACGCCAUAUAAAUCGAUUAAAAUCGCUCAUCCUUUUAUCACUUCUUUAAUAUGUGUAAACUCGCGGUAAAUUCUAUUCAAAACAUAUUUGUAUCCAGUGAUUAUAAAUUUUUAAUUCUAUAAUAUCGUGUGAACCGAUACAAGUCAUGAAUGUAUUGCAUAGUUGUUUUCUUUAUUUAUUUUUCUUUUCUUUAAUAUAUAUUUCAUUAUGAACGUAUUUUUAAGAAUAUCUCUAGCAUAGAAAACAAAGCAAUUUUGCACCUGUUAAAAUCUUGCAAAAAAAUACCAUAUUGUGUUUUUGGAAAAUGUAACGUAAAAGUAAAGAAUUCUGUCGAAUCAACUCGUGUCUGUCAAUGAGGACAAUAAGCCGCGUCGACGUCGGAAUACGACGGUAGAACAUUCUAGCGGAAGUUCGUAAAUAUUUCAUCAACGCGUUUGUACAAAGAUCAUUUAUUAGUAGAGUUCAAAAAAUCUACCAUAAUCUAUCACAGCGAUUAAGUAUUCUCCGUACUUCUUCCGAAGUAAAACGCAAAGAAAAGAAGUUAAAUAAAACCUUACAAAAGGAAGAAAAAAGCUGCUUCUCAGCAUACGCGUUUUUACAUUGGGCACGUGCAAGUACUUAAUACAUUUCGGCUAAGUCUUGCACUCUUUUGAUGAAAUUACGAUAAUGCUAUUAAAUCAAACAAUACGAUUUUUCGAAAAUCCUUCAGAACUUUUACGACCAAGAUUUUUGCAAUUCAUGCUACUCGAGGCUCUGAAAUACCCUUCGUGUCGCUUUGACUAAUGAUUUCGAUAUUUUGUUGACAUUAUACUUUGCAUUCUUAAUCUUACAUCUGAUGAAGUUAAACAUAAUGCGAAUAAAAUUUGCGAAUUAUUUUAUAAAAGGUCACAGGAAGGAAGCCUCUAAUGGUAUUAACUAUAAGAUAUCUGUGUACUAGAUCGAUUACCAAUUCAUUCAUUCGAAUAGAGUGUAACGGUCAUAGAAAGGAUUUGUCAACGUAUAAGUGUACUUCCUUUCUUGUUUCUUUCCACGCAACAUUCACGUCUUACAGGUACAAUACGAAACGAGUUAAAAUUACCCUAUUCUAAAACAAACUAACUAUUCAUUUUUUUGUAUGCGUAUACAUGAAACAAUGCAUAUACAAAAUACGUAUACAAAAGACAAGAGAAGAAAAUUAAAAACACCGAAUUCUCAUGAUAUAUACUAUAUGUAGAUUUAACGAGUGGAUAUUUGAGUUUUAUAGAGGGAAAGAAAGAGAUUACUUGCGCAUAAACACAUACAUAAGUCAAGAUGGUCGAUCGUCUUUCACUUUCAAAAAUAAGCAUGGGAAAAGAAAAAGAGAAGAAAAACUGUUCAAACCACGUGAAAGCUGUCACAAGCCAAGUUCACAUGAGGCCGAGAAGAUAAGAGCACACACAUCGUCAUGUACCUACUUAAUGUUACGAACUCUGUAAUGAUUAUUGAUUCUCAUUAUAUUUUUGUACAUAAUUGGGGAGAAUUACACGAGAAUAAAUGAAUUAAAAAGGAGCGAGUUGCCUUCAGCCAUGAACACAGGGAAA